AUGCCAUCCUGGGCGCCCGCCGUUGGUCUCACUCUUCUGCCUCAUGUGGGUGGAAUACUUGGAGGACUCAUUACCCGUAAGGAAGUCAAAACAUGGUACACCACCCUGGUAAAACCAUCAUGGCGCCCACCUAAUUGGAUGUUUGCUCCAGUGUGGACCACCUUAUAUACUUCCAUGGGCUAUGGAUCAUACCUGAUCUAUAAAGAAUUGGGUGGAUUCACAGAGGAUGCUGUGGUUCCAUUAGGACUUUAUGCAGGACAACUGGCACUUAACUGGGCUUGGACUCCCAUUUUCUUUGGCGCUCAUAAAAUUGGUUGGGGCUUUGUUGAACUAGUCUUCCUCACUGGUACGGUUGUCCUUACAACUGCAUCCUGGUAUCCUAUCAGCAAGACGGCCGCUUACCUAAUGUUUCCUUACAUUGCCUGGUUGUCACUAGCCUCUACCCUAAACUACGUCAUCUGGAGGGACAAUAAGGACAAAACUGAAUGAGGAGAAUUCGGGCAUCAUGGAUGGAUUCCUACAAGAUAGAGAAAAGUUUUUUUUUUUAUUCAGAAAUUUUACUUUUUUCAGACUUGUCUAUUGCCACACAGCAGCAGAACACUAAGAAUGAGACAAUACCUGGGCAUGAUGCCAGACAAUUACCUAUAGUGCCUUAAUCAUGUGCCCAGUGCUAAAUGGCAAAUAAAAGACUCAGAAAAUAAUG